CCCCUCAAAUAACAGUAAUUCUUCAUCUAAACAGAUACGACUUUAUCAUUUCGUCAUGAAUUUCUACUUGAAUCCAUUUCGUAUUCGUCUAAUGCGCAUUUCAAAGUAAAGUUAUUCUAAGUGUUCAAACUUUUUCACAGAAAGAAAUUCGUAUUACGGCUGACAUUGAGAUGCCAUCCACUUCUACGAAAAAGUCAGUGAAUGGGGGUGAAAAAAUCCAGAAGGAGAAAAUAAGUAAAUUACAAAGUCAGCAGUUCCAUGCUUCUGCGAACCCAAAGUGGGAUGCCAUACAAGUAGUCGAAUCGGUCAACAUCGACAAUCCCACUACACAGUGUGGAGAACAAAAAUUGCCUACGACGAUACCUGAUCCCACCUCACUGGAAGAUCAUGAUAGAGGCCGAAAACAAAAAAAAACAAAAAGAAGUCGAAGCGUUACACCCGUGAGAAAGUAUCUACGAGCCAAGAUGAAACAUUACACAAAUUGAACACUCUACACCAACAAAUUAAUCACUUGAAGGAUGAAUCUUAUAACUCAUUCCGGAAAGAAUUGAAGGUAUUAAAAAAACAGAUCGACAAAAUGAAGGAUUCGUUUGAGGAGUUUAAAACAUUUGUGUCCACCCAACUCAAUACUUUGAUAGACUC